GGCAGACGCCCCAGACCAGCACCGGCCACUCGCUCGCGAAUAGGCGGCCUUUAAAGGGCGUCCCUGCAAAAACGCCACCCCACCCACGCGAUCGAAUUACCCUCUCGGUGUCCUCCCUCUCGGCGGCGGCGCAGUUCCCCCUCCAUCUCCGGCGCGGCACUUGACGUCUGACCUCAACAAGCAAGCAAAUGGCAGGUGGCAGGGUUGCACAUGCCACCCUCAAGGGCCCGAGCGUGGUGAAGGAGAUCUUCAUUGGAAUGACCCUGGGUCUGAUUGCGGGAGGUAUGUGGAAGAUGCACCACUGGAACGAGCAGAGGAAGACUAGAUCCUUCUACGACAUGCUUGACAAGGGCCAGAUCAGCGUUGUCGUCGAGGAGUAGUUUCCCACAUGUCAAUUCUGAAGUUUUUUUUUCCGCCAGUUUUCAAAACUCUCUGAAGAGCAUGACAAAGUGAAUGCUGUGGAGAUUUGUCUUGAAAAUAAGCAUAACCAUUUGAGAACACCAGAUUUUGUUGAAUUUCCUUUCCUUGUCAUGACUAUUUAAGCAUGUCUAUGUCAUACCAAACAUUGAUCUACUUUUACAUAUGUUUAUGUGAUCUUUGCGAGUUACUGUGCUUGCUCUA